AAGAAGCUUUUGAAGGAUAUACCUGAGUAUGGUGUUCCCUGACUCUUGAACUGUUGGUUAUCUGCCUUUGGAGCCAUUUCAUGCCAGAUGUGGGAGUUUCCUCUCUGUGAGGCCCCUGUUUGGAAACACAACUCAGGCCCCUAUCUCACUAUGACUCUUUCCGCUCCGCUUGCAAAGCCAUGAUAAACAAUCCUCAAAUGUGGCAGCCUGGCGCAGCAGCAGCUCCCUGGCCAGGUCUGGCCGGCCGCUCUUGGCGAGGCAGUGGGCGAGCUGAGAGGCCUUGGGUUGGUGGGUGGCAGCAGGAAGCCCCCUCCUCCUCAUGGCCAGGACAUGGAAGGCCUGGGUGGACAGGCUGUCCCUGGCCCGCAGCUUCACCAACUGAGCGGCGCUUCGACGGAGACGCAGGGAGACCACCAGCAGGGACACCUCCUCCUCUGACAGCUCCUCCGACAGCCAGAGGAGAAGAGAGUCAGACAGGGAGUCUGGUGGGGGAUGCAAGAGAUGAAAGAUGGAGGAAGUGAAAGGUCAUUCUCACACCCUACCUGAGGAGGUGAUGUUGCCGCUGAAGCACAGGAGGAGCUGGUCUCCUUCACACAUGGAGAUCUCCGCAGAUGUCUCCGGGAGCCCGCUGUAGCCCCGGGCUCGCAGUUUGGACAUCUCCCAGCUGAGGUCUCUGUUCGGGAGGACAGCCACCAGGAGGUCGUGCGGCUCAUCCUGUCUUCGCUGGAGGACGACGGUGACCGCAUGGCAGCAGACCGACUCCUCCAGCUCCUCUGCCAGAGACUUCCUAUCCUGCUGCACCUGUGUGUAAAUGAAAGGCACACAACCCUGAAGAAGUAGAACAGAAGUUGAUUGAGUGUUUUGUUCCUGCAUCAAACCCCUUCAUGUCGAAGUGUCCAGCUGAGCUAAUUGUCAAGAGCAAUGUUUGCUACUUCUUCUAUGCGGUCGGGGGCCUCCUGAUGACUGUCACUGGCGGCAGUGUGGAUGUGACGUCGGCCCAGAACCCUGCGUACCUGCUGCGGCUGUCAAACACACUCAUGGGGCUCAUGGGCCUCCGACACAAAACAUGUGUUGCUUACACUGUGGCGAAACGAAAACUAAAAAGGCUGUUUUUCACUGAAAGUUUCAACAGCCUCCUUGCUAUGAUGAGAACAACACUGCAAACAACUCCUCAUUUCAAGCUUAUAGUCUGGUGUCCUGAGACACAAACAACCCUGGACUCUGCUAACUGCAUCCUAGCAAGAAGAUACCGGAUUUAUUACAUCCUUAUUUGUGGUGUGAGAAGCAAGACCAUUAUAACCGUCGUCAUGGGGAACAACAAACUGAAAGCCUACAGUCCUUCAGAUCAACUGCAGUGGUUGAUCAGCUUUAUCAGCAAGGCACAGGAACAAAGAGAUGUGGUUUAUCUUUUACUGGAUGGACGAAAUGGCAGCCAUGGAUAUGACAAAAAUGGUGCUGCAAAUAAGCGCCCUCCUUCCAGUCUGACUCUGGGCUUAUCUGCACUGUCUGUCGUCUUUCUGUGGAUGUUUCUGCCUCAUUUUGCAGUUUUUGCUGUGAUCUGUUUAGGUUGGAAGGUACAACAAAAUAUCCACUGACUCCUGCGAUCACAGAGAAAAUCAUUCAGGCUUUUAUAUCUGAUUUAAAGUAACUCCAUUUUUUUUACUGCUUCCAACUGGCUCCCAAGCACUGCAAUAAGGCUUCUAAAAAAGAUACCUUACCUCCUGCGUCCCCAGACUUAUUUGCUUUAGUAUU